UUAUUCUAUUCCUACGGAUAUAUUUUCGAACAUAACCCAAAGAGUAGCCCAAACAUAACCCAAAAAGAUAUGAUUGAUAGAUUUCUAACCUCGAUAUAAUGAGAAAUAAUCUCACGUGUCUAAAAAAUCGAAUAAGACAAAAUUGGUUGAUGACGUUAAAUCCUCCACCUCAGUAAAAAAAAAGAAAUAAUCUCAUGAUAAUCCAUAAUAUCGUGCAAUUCACUUGAACACUGGAGAUUAAAAAAAAAGAUUAUAAAAGAAAUUAUAAUUCUUAUUAUAAUCACGAAGAAAACAUUAUAUAUUCUUUUAUUCCCGAAAUAUAUAUACGUAGAUUACAUUUCAUCGAGAGUAAAAUAAGAAUAAUUAGCAUAAGAACAAAAUGACGAAUAUCGAAAGAAGAAAAGAAGGAACGAACGUGCGGAAUGUUUUUGUUACUUCGCUUGUUGCAGGAGGUGCAGCGGGAACAUUUGUGGAUAUUACAUUAUUCCCAAUAGAUACAUUGAAAACUCGAUUGCAGUCUGUACAAGGAUUUUUAAAGGCUGGGGGUUUCACAGGUCUUUAUAGAGGAAUUUAUCCAGUCAUAGUUGGUUCAGCACCAACAGCUGCGCUAUUCUUUUUAACAUAUGAAGAAAUUAAAACUAUAAUGCAACCAAAGAUUUCUGCAAAGUACUAUACAAUAGUCCAUAUGGGAGCAGCAACAUUAGGAGAAAUGGUAGCAUGUUUAAUACGAGUUCCAGUGGAAGUCAUGAAACAAAGAAAACAAGCAUUCAUAUAUGAUAAGGAAUCACUUGGUCUUAAGUUAUUGUACCGUGGAUAUUGGAGUACAGUAUUACGAGACACACCUUUUAGUAUAGUACAGUUUCCAUUAUGGGAAUAUUUGAAGAAGUUUUAUAGUUUUUAUAUUGAGAGAGAAAUAUAUCCAAUGGAAAGUGCAAUCUGUGGUGCAAUUUCAGGAAGCAUUUCUGCAACUGUUACAACUCCAUUGGAUGUUGCAAAAACGAGGAUAAUGCUUGCUAACAAAACCAUGCUCUCAUCACAACUGACAAUACUAAAUGUACUUCAUGAAACAUAUAUAGAAAACGGAUUUCGUGGAUUAUUUGCCGGUCUCGGACCAAGAAUAACAUGGAUUACAUUGGGGGGUUUUAUAUUCUUUGGAGUUUAUGAAAAGGCAAGAGGCUUACUUACAGAAAGUAUUUUCAAUGUUAAAAUAACUACGUAAGUUUAUAUAAUGUUACAAAAAAGUUACACAAAAGGGAAUAUUGCUAUUUAAAAUAUGUAACA